CGGCGCGGAGCAUGGCGAGGCGCAGCCGAGGGCGCAGUCCCCGCGCGAGGCCACCGACGGCGCGGGCCGGGGCACUGGGCCCUCCCCCGGCGAGGGGCGGGCUCCUGGCCGGCGCGCCCCCGGGUCGGCGUCCUCACACCCGCGGCGCGAUGGCAGCGGCAGGAGGCCCCGGGGCCAAGAAGGGUAUUCUGGAACGUCUGGAGAGUGGGGAGGUUGUGGUUGGAGACGGCAGCUUUCUCAUAACUCUGGAGAAGAGGGGCUGCGUGAAAGCUGGACUCUGGACUCCAGAAGCCGUCGCUGAGCACCCGGAUGCCGUCCGUCAGCUUCACAUGGAAUUCUUGAGAGCAGGAUCAAAUGUCAUGCAGACUUUCACCUUUUCUGCGAGUGAGGAAAAUAUGGAAAGCAAGUGGGAAGAGGUAAACGCCGCUGCCUGUGACCUCGCCAGGGAAGUGGCUGGCAAAGGUGAUGCUUUGGUAGCAGGGGGAAUCUGCCAGACAUCAAUGUACAAACACCUCAAGGAUGAAGCUAGAAUUAAAAAACUUUUUCGACAACAAUUAGAGGUCUUUGCCAGGAAAAAUGUGGACUUCUUGAUUGCAGAGUAUUUUGAGCACGCUGAGGAAGCUGUGUGGGCUGUGGAAGUCUUAAAAGAAUCUGGCAAACCCGUGGCAGCUACCAUGUGCAUAGGCCCGGAGGGAGACAUGCGUGAUGUGCCCCCUGGAGAGUGCGCUGCGAAGCUGGUGAGAGCAGGGGCUGCAAUCGUCGGCGUGAACUGCCGGUUUGGGCCCAGGACCAGCUUGAAGACGAUGACGCUCAUGAAGGAGGGCCUGCAGGCGGCCGGGUUGACGGCGCACCUGAUGGUGCAGUCCCUGGGGUUCCACACGCCCGACUGCGGCAAAGGAGGGUUUGUGGAUCUCCCGGAAUAUCCCUUUGCACUGGAGCCCAGACUUGCAACGAGAUGGGACAUUCAAAACUACGCCAGAGAGGCCUACAACCUGGGAGUCAGGUACAUUGGUGGGUGCUGUGGAUUUGAGCCCUACCACAUCAGGGCGAUUGCAGAGGAGCUGGCCCCAGAAAGGGGCUUUUGGCCUCCGGCUUCGGACAAACAUGGCAGCUGGGGAAGUGGCCUCAAUAUGCACACCAAACCCUGGAUUCGAGCCAGGGCUAGAAGGGAGUAUUGGGAGAACCUGCUGCCAGCUUCGGGCAGACCUUUCUGUCCUCCACUGUCAAAGCCAGACGCCUAAGAAGUCGUGAAAGAAAACCCUAGAAUAAUAGAACAGGAAGAAAUCCCCCUCGAGCCCUUCUGGAACUCUUCCUCUCCUUUGUCCUCUGCCCACCCUGAGAUCUCCAGCUGCUGGACAGCUACCGUGCUGCUGGCCCUUCAGUUCAGUGAGCACAUGGCACAGGGCACAGCCCUCCUGCUGCGGUUGAGCACCGAGAGCGGAGGCUGCGGGAGGAGCAAAGAUGAUGAGAAAGGCCCCUUGUUCUGGAUACUCACUGUCCGGUAAUGCUGCAGUACAUUCUUUUGAAGUCAUUAAGAACAGCAAACUUUGUCUUUUAGGGUGCAUCUGAGAUUUUAAAACAACCAGCAGUCACUGAGCACCGGGUGACUUAAUUCGGGUAACUAACCUAUGUGCUUAAGAAAGACGGAACAGCGUUCUAAACCAAAAGGAGUCCGCUUUCCUUAAGUGAUUUUUGUAAUGACUCCAAAGCAAUCCCAAAGGAAACGAUGCAAAGAAUGUUUUGAGCAAUGGCAGGAUUAUUGAAAUAAGGGUAUAACUUUCCAAAGUGAUUACUUUCAAAAGUGAUUUUACAUAAAGGUGUUAGGUCCUAGAAUUUUUUAAAUGUGUCUUUAUAAUCACAACUAGAUUAUAAGCUAUUUAAGGACAAGGACCAUGCAAUGUGCUGCUUAUAUUUUUCUUUAAAGUAUUUAGUAUUGUGCUAGGUAUAAUAAUAGAUGCUCAAUGAAAUACUUAUUGUUGAUUGUUUAAAAUAAAUAAAAAUAGAUAAACAGUUUUAGAAGACCAUUAUCCAGGUCAGAGUUCAAAUCUAUCUUGGCCUAAUAAUUUCUUAACCUGUGUUUAUGUUAUUUGCUAGAGCUGAUUUCUCUGUCUUUUCAAAACAAUGUAUCAAUUUGUGACAAUUAAUAAAAUUAAAAGUAAUUUA